AUGUCCUUUGCAGGAAGAAGAAGAGGAAACAAGGCCAAAAAGGGUGUUCAGUUCACCCUCAUGGUCGUCGGUGCAUCCGGUACUGGCCGCACGACCUUUGUGAACACUCUUUGUGAAUCCGAGGUCCUUCCACAUAAAGUUUCUGACGACCCGGAAACUGCUCAUGUUGAGGAAAGAAUCAGUAUCAAGCCGGUGACUGUCGAAUUGGAGGAGGAUGGUGUUCGUAUCGCUCUGACGAUUGUCGACACCCCCGGUUUCGGUGACAAUGUGGAUAAUGAAUUCGCUUUCCAAGAAAUUGUUGGCUAUCUUGAACGUCAAUACGAUGAUAUUCUAGCCGAAGAGUCCCGUAUCAAGCGUAACCCUCGCUUCAGAGACAACCGCAUUCACGCACUUCUCUAUUUCAUCCCUCCCACUGGUCAUUCCCUGCGGGAAAUGGAUAUUGAACUCAUGCGCCGCCUCUCCCCUCGUGUAAACGUUAUCCCCGUUGUUGGCAAAGCAGACUCGUUGACACCAAGCGAACUCAAGGGUUUCAAGAAAAGGGUUAUGGAAGACAUUGAACACUACGAUAUCCCGGUUUACAACUUCCCCUAUGACGUCGAAGAGGAUGACGAGGAGACUAUCCAGGACAAUAGCGAGCUUCGCGCUCUUCUUCCUUUCGCUAUCAUAGGAUCUGAAGAGGAAGUCGAGAUCGAUGGCCAGCUUGUCCGUGCCAGAAUCUAUCCAUGGGGAAUUGUCGAAGUAGACAAUCCUAAGCACUCCGACUUCAGCAGGCUUCGAAGUGCUCUUCUCAACUCACACCUAGGUGAUCUUAAGUCGUUGACACAUGAUGUCUUGUAUGAGACUUACCGCACUGAGAAACUGUCUCGCACUGUUCAUUCUACUGACACGAAUGGUGACAACUCCAUCCUUCCUGAUGAGCUUGCAUCCCAGAGUGUUCGACUCAAGGAAGAGCAGCUCCGCCGUGAAGAGGAAAAGCUACGGGAGAUCGAAUUGAAAGUCCAACGUGAGAUCAACGAAAAGAGGCAAGAGCUGUUGGCCAAGGAAGAGUCCUUACGGAACCUGGAGAGCCGGCUUGCGGCACAGGGAUCACAGUCCGAGUUCAGGGAGUAA